AACUUUUGUGAAAUUGGGGCCAGCUAUAAGGUUAUGAAUGGAUAUCGUUAACAUAUUGACCCUUUACCAAGUUUAAUGUUGGCUGUGAUCACUCUGCUAACGCAAGUAGGAAAUUUAAUAUUUCUUGGAUUUCUAUUCCAGGACGACAAAGACAAAGAUGAUUGUAAAAGUUUGCUGCUAAAUGCUGAUCGUAUCCAAGUACUUAAUGAGAUUUACAACAACAUAGAACAGAUUUGGAAGGAAGCUAACUGUAAAGGAUGUUUCAGAAGUGUGGCUGUAGAUGUCAACGGUACAGUUGUCUAUAAAUACAGCAAAGACACAAUGGAAUUCAUGGACAAAUAUAAAGUUGUGUCUACAUGUCUACGCCACAAUCCAGCUCAAGGGGAUGGCAACGAUAGUGUGUGUGAGGUUUGUCGGGGAAAUUACACACAGCUAAAUUCUUUCUUCAAGAAAGUGCGAGCAGCUAAAAAAGAUUCUGUGUGUAUGGAUCUUGUGGAUAUGAUGAACUACACACGCCUGAUGUGGGGUCAGCAGCUUCACUGCUCCCGACACUCCCCUGAUGAUGCUGUAGUGGUCGUUAUAGCAGUGGCUCUCCUCGCACUGCCAGUAGUCUUCUAUGUUGGAGCCAGGUACUUCGUAGUGAGGACUAAAAGAAAACUGAUGCUGCAAAAGAGAAUGUCCCAGGUUGCUGCACAGACAUUGUUUAUUCGAGGAGCUGCCAGCAGUACUAGUAAAGAUGAUGAGGAAACACAGCUUUUAUCUACCUCCUUCUCCUGACAGUGCUGAGAGACUGACCAUUACAAUACCAGAAUGUGUUCACUUGAAAAUCACUCCUGCCCUCCUAGAGGUUGUCAGUAACUGUUAAUAGAAAGACUGUCAGAGUUAAAUGCAUCAAUUGUCUACCACCUUCAGCUUUUAUAUUACAAAAAUUAAGAGUUCUUGGGUAUGAUGGAGCUUGAAAAAUUGCAUUUUGAAAAGAUUUUGCAAAUAUUUAAUGUUGCAGAUAUAUUUCCAUUUAAUAUUGCUAGUCUACAAGCUGCAUUUUGAAUAGUAGCAAAUAAUUAUCAAAUGAUAGUAUUUUUAUGUGUUAAACCUGGACUUGUGACUUUAAAAUUAAACAUUAUUUAUUUUACAACAAUUGUAAAACAAGCUAAAUAUGAACAUAUAUUAAUCAGUCUUGUUGCCUGGAUGGUAGUGUACUGGGAUCUGAAUGUGGGAGGAAACCAGCGUACUCUAAUUGGUCGAGUAGGUGACUAUAUGUUUUUAUAUCAGUCAAGGAACUGAACCCUGACUGCCUUGGUGAAAGGCGAGUGCACUAUCCGCUGUGCCAUCCAACUCCUCUUGUGACAUCCUUGAUAUUCCAAGGGGCUACACUCACUUACGAUCUCCCCAGAGUGAGGAUAGAUUUAUAAUAAUGAGAAGUGACUAGUGAAUGGUGAAUAGUGACUGGUGAAUGAUAAUAAGUGACUCAUGAAUGAUAAUUAGUAUUAAACUCUUUUUCUUUAGGGAAAAAUGAAUAUUAUUAUCAACCUGAAAAAAAUUGGGGGGGAUAUACAUGUAGCCAUCAUGCAGGGUGUCUGUCCAUCAGUCAGUAUUGCUCGUCUGGAUAAAAAUAUCUUGUAUCAAUCAGCAUGCCUGUGGUCUUCCUCGUUGAGCUAUAUUAUGAGAUACCGGCCAUAAAUCAUGGCAAAGGAUCUUGCAUCCGAAGAGCCUUUAUUAUUUUGUAUUUAAUCAAUUUUUGAAGCAGAUAAUAAAACAGCUCUAGACUUAUGUGAUGGUAAAAAUGAUGUGAUAUGAACCUGCACUUCAGCUUGGUCAAUAUCACCUUUUCAGGUCUACAUGACCUCAUAUAAGAGAGUAUGAAACCGUAUAUACCUGAUCAUAUUCACUUUCACAUCAGUCUAUAACUGUAUAGUGACUGGUGUGUUGGGUGCUGAAGGGUGAAUGUACAUUAGUGAAAGAUGUUUAUUGGUUGUUAGCGAUGGACAUUGAGUAAAGGAUGUUUUGAAUGAGAAAAUGAAGAGUCCCUUGUUUACAUUUAAGUUAGAUUUAAUUACUUAACAUACAUUUCCAUUGCUGUUAAUCUGUACAUAUUUGAGAGAUAAACACACUGGAAAAUUAGAAACUCUAAUCUCAAUUUCUCCUUCAUAGAAAAUUAUCAUACGCUACUGCUAUUAAUUAAUAUAAGGUCUGUACUACAAUUCUAUCUUUUGUAUUCAUUUCACAUGUCCUACAUACCUUCUGUUACAUUUACUACAGCCCUGUUAAUAUCAAUAUGGUAUGGUGCUAUGUUUAAAACAUGUAAUUACAUAAACUUGUUAACAAUUGUGAUUAGAAGUUUGUAUCAAUUCAUCUCUGAUAGGAUUAUAAGACUAUUUCAUGCCAAAGGGUGUAGGAUAGGGAAAUUCUAUUCGAGAUAUUUUCAAAUUGUUUUAUCCAAUUUGAAAGUCAUGAGGGUGACAUUUUUCUAUCCCACACCCUGGGGCAUGAAAGAUCAUCUCUCACUCAUUCCACUUAUCACCAAAAUCAGCUCAGAAACCACAAAAAGGUUACAGCACCAUGCAUCAAAAUGUUUCCCAUUUUGGGACAUCACAUCCCGUUUGUCCCAUUUUAACAUCACACACCUUCAAUGGGGUGUAGGAUAGAAAGUUCUUUCACCCUUUUGUUACCCUGGGUAGUUAUUCACAUACACACUGGAAUGAAAGAAAACAAUAUUCACUGUAGCACCAACACAAUGCUGAUUAUGUACAUUGAGAAAUUCCUGUAGGCUCAGUCACUGGUGGAGCCUAAGCCCUGUUUCCACAUUCUGAUUACAAUAAAAUAUUCUCAUAUCCUAUAGAAAUAAGAUAGUGUAAUCACCAUGACAUGUAUUUUAAAAACAUAUUUCCGCUGUUGUCACAUUAUUAUGGAGCUUUCCUGUGAUAUAUAUUAUUUAAAUUAAAUGUUUUGUUUAUCUCGUGAAAUAGAGUAAGAAAUGAUUUUGUUCAUUUCAGUUUCACAUUUAUUCAUAAUGUACAUGUACACCUGUGUGUCUCUUGACAGAAGAUACUUUAACCAUCAUCCAAUACAUGUGGCAGUACCUAACUUUGUAUAUGAUGUGUUUUCUGUCUGAAAUAUGUAAAAUAAAGUAAGGAAACGUU